UGGAUCGGACGUUUUUUUCCGAGACUUCGAUGAUUGUAUAUGCGUGCGACUGAUUUUAAUUCUUAUUUCAUUGCAAUACGGUACACAUUUCUGCGUUCUGCCAUAGGUUUCAGAUGUCGGUUCGGCGAUGUAUAUUCUUACUAAGUUGUGUACAGUGUAUGGAUGUUGAAUGUGAAGAAAGAUUUUAUCGUUUAUAAAUGGUUAAAGUGAUUUAAAACAUGUCACCGAUAUUAAAACAAAUAUUCGUAUCGGCAUCUCCCCAGUUAGCAGCAAUCUCGGCGGGCGGUCUCAUUGGAUAUCCCAGUGUUCUCUUGCAGCAGUUCAAAAGCAAUGAUAGUUCUAUAAUUGUUGACGUCCAUACUGCAUCGUGGAUUGCAUCGGUACAUGGAUUGGCUGGUGUUCCAAGUCUCCUCAUUCCAUAUAUCAUGCAACAAUAUGGAAGAAAGUUUGGCUUCCACAUUUGCUGCCUCCUCGUCAUUCUCGGCUGGAUCAUCAUAUACUUUGCAAGAAAUGCUACUACAAUCAUCGUUGGGGAGUCCUUUCAAGGUCUUGGCGCUAAAAGUCUCUUGGUUGUCAGCUAUUUGACAAUCGGUGAAAUGGUCGAUCCAAAAUACAGAAAUAUUCUUAUGUUGUUUUAUAAUAUAAACCAAACUGUUGGUGUGACUCUUGUACAUGUUAUGGGCAAGUUUUUUCAUUGGAAAACCAUUAGCUUGACCAUGAUCAUGCCAAUUGCAACUGGUUUCUUACUGAGCUGUUCAUGGCCGGAGUCACCAGCGUGGUUAGCUUUAAAAGGCAGGUUUGAUGAGUGUAAGAAAUCUUUUAUAUGGCUGCGUGGAACAGAUGAAGAUGCAAUCACGGAAAUGAAUGCCCUGUUGGAUUCUCAAAUAGGUAAUAUAAAUAAAAAACCAAAGGAAACUAACACAAUCGAAGCGCUAAAAGAAAUUUGGAGUAACAUCACGAGCAGAGACUUUUAUUUACCAAGUUUUCAUAUGUUUAUGUUAUUAUCUGUUUAUUAUUGGAGUGGGAAUUUAGUGUUUCUUGUGUAUGCUAUGAAUAUGGUGGAAAAUGUGACUAAAGAUGAGGAGUCCGCUUAUAUAGGGAUGGUUGUUAUGGACUGUGUUACCCUAUUAGGCAAUUCUACAGCAUACAUAUUCUUUAAGUAUUAUAAUAACAAACCUGUGCUAUUAUUUAGUGGUAUAGGAAGUGCUGUAUUUCUUCUAGCAUCGUCGAUCGUGUCAUACCUACAAUUCCUGGAAAUAGUAUCGGAUGACUCGCUCUUAUGUUUGUACUUCUUGAUAGGAUUUAUGAUAGCUUCCAGUUUAGGAAUUUACACUACACCCUAUGUGAUGUCAUCAGAAAUAAUGCCUUUACAACAUAGAGGUAUGGGCGGUUCAUUGAUGGUUAUAAUUAUUUGUUCUUCCUAUAGUUUUACUCUCAAAAUAGCACCCUACUUGGUUAUGUAUUUGAAACUACACGGAACUUUUCUUUUGUAUUCAGUAACGUUAAGUGUAUGCCUUGUUUGGGUAUGGAAAUUUGUUCCUGAGACAAAAAAUAGGACUUUGCAAAGUAUUGAAGAAAAUUACUUAGAUAAGAAUAGAACAGAAAGUGUGGAACCUCAACCGGAGAGUCAAUCUAAUUUAAAUGUAAGGCUGGUAUUAAUUGAAAAGCCCGAAGAAUCAAACGAUGUACUUCAUACAGUAGUACCAGCUGAGGUAAUCCAGAGCCUUCUGGACCAUAAGGAAUGUAUUACUUAAACUAUGUAUUAGUUAAAUCAAACGAUCUGUGAUACGUUUUCGUUAUAAUAUCGCUGCCGGCAAUUAGUGGCAAGAUGUGAAUUUCAAGUGAAAUAUAUGUAACAUCAAAGGAGUCAAUAAUAGAAAUAAAAACUAUUUUAUAUGGCUUAUUUUGUUGUAACUAAAAUGUUGUCCUAUGUAUAUUACAAUAUAGGAUACUUAAUAUAUCUAACUAAAGAUAACAUGUAAAUUACUAGUAAUUAAUUCAAGUAACGACAUACUCUUCUUUUAGCUUUCUAAAUGUUUAUCUUUUUCUAAUAUUAUUUCACUUUCUCUCGCCUUGAAUAUUAUAUUGCCUUCUUUUAAAAAUAUUGUUAUCUAAAUUAAUUAUUAUAAUCUAGUUUUGCUUUUUGUCGGUCUUUUCUCCUGCUGUUGGUCUUCUCCCCUGCUGUCUCCCAUAGGGUCCAGAGACUUCUUCCUAUCCUUAAACUGUGUUUGUAUUGUACUGUAUUUUUGUUUUAAAACGCUGUUAUUAUAUAGGUAUUGUUUUUUGAGUUUUAAAUAG